CCUUGAGCGAAACUGAAAAUUUUGAACUUUUAUUGGUUUUUCUUUCCAGCGGAACAGACGUUCAGCCGGAGCUGGAUCCAAAUGGGAUAGAGCCUCUAAGUACACUUGCCUCUCUGUUUGGCGGCCGAAGCAAAGGCAACCACAUCUUAGCUCAUUGACUUUCCUCCUUCGAUCCUUCCAUCACUAAUCCAAGCCCAAGGCAGACGCCUUGCCUUCGCCGUCACGCACGACACGAUGAGCUGGUCGGACCUGCCGGCUGACCUCGCCGCGGGGAUCGCCGACAGGCUCACCGAGCUCGCCGACCUCGCGCGGUUCCGCUCGGUGUGCCCAUCAUGGCGCUCGGCAUCCGCGGCGCACGCCGCACGCCGCCGCGUCCCGCUGCUUCUCCUACCCACACAAAAGUACGAUACCCGCGUCAGCCGCCGCGUCUGGUCCCUCACCGACGACAGCCUCGGGGAGAUCCCACUACCCGCCGCGCGUGGCCGUUCCUUCCUCUUCGCCUCCCACCACGGCUGGAUUCUGGCCGUCUCCGGCGGGAACCUGUCGGUGACCCUGGUGCACCCCUUUACCGGCGCCUCUUCGGGCUUGCCGGCGCUGCCGUUCUCGUCCCGUGGCGAUUACGAUACUAUUCCCCGUGAAUUGGUGUGGGACUGGUCUCCGCAUGGCGUCCUGGUGUCCCCGGGCAAAGGCGCGUUCUUCUGCCGGCCCGGCGACGAGUCGUGGAGGCCCCUCAGUUGCUCUUCCGCCGUUGUCAGCAGCGUCUCCUACUGCGACGGCGCGUUCUACUUCUUCGACGGGAAAACCUGCAAGGCGACGGUCGUGGACCCCGAAACCUUGGCCGUAGCGGCCGUUAUCCAGCCGCCCGCGCUGGAUAUGCCCUGGUGGCCGGACUUCGAGGCCAACCUCGUCGUGUCGCCCGACGAGCUCCUUCUCAUCGUCAAGAAGCGCUGGGAGAAGAAGUUCUUCAAGGCCUUCCGUGCCGACCGCGCGGCAGCUGGAGGCCUGAGCUCGCGCUGGUCGGAGGUCGCCGGCAUUGGCGACCGCGCCGUGUUCGUGGACCACCUUCGCGCCUUCUGCGUCGAGGCUAACGGGCUCAACGGGGUGAGGAGCAACUGCAUGUACGUCGCGACCUCGUACGAGGCGGCCAACGACGACUACGGGUUGGACGUCAACGGGAUGUACAGAGUCUCCAUACUCGACUUCGCCGAUCUCACCACGGAGGAUCUCGGGUUUGGAAAUCUGUGGGACGUCUGGUGCAGUUGUUUCUGGCAAUACCCUUCGUGGUUGUUGCCAAAUCUGCAUUGAUCGAUCGCGAAAUGCUUAGUUCUAAUCAAGGCUGCGUGAUUGCGAGUUCUUGGAUUUUAACAAUGCUCUAUGCUUCUCAACUUCUAUCUUCUCCCUAGUACCGAAAAGCGAAGAUUGAUUGUUCUCUCUCUGAAGAAGUGAAGGUUCUCACGUUCUUGUUUUAUUUGCAAUUUUUUUUUUCAUGAAUGCUGACAUUUCUAAUUUGAUUAGCCAAAGGUUAUGUAUGUCCUGGGCAUUGACUUGCUUUAUAAGGGUUUGAGUGUUGUGUAUCAUGUUACAAUCGCAAUGUAUGCGUAUGUCAUCAUAUCAAAUCAAACAUAUGAGAAAUUUUUAUAUGUGCAUACGCACAUAUAGGUUA